UUCUUGUAGUUGAUUGUUGAACUUCCAUAAGAUCAAACAGCAGCUUCAGUUUAGUUGGGUUGUCGGUUACUGGAGUGUUUUUGGUGAGAAAAGUGUCCAUGUAACAUGCACAUGCACCCUCUCUCUCUCUCUCUCUCUCUCUCUCUCUGUUUGCAUCUUUGUAUAUUACACUCAAAUUCUUGUUACUAAUACUACCAUAUACCACGCAUCUUCAUAAACCACCCACCAUUGCUCAAGAACAUGUGCCAGUGUUGCUUCUGCUCUGGAGAUUGGUUCAGGUCAAUAAUUUGCCUGAGAAAAGCAAAGGAAGAUAGGUCCAAAAAAGUAAAGGUACAUUCAACUACCGAAAAGUCGAAUGGGUGUGAGGGAAGUUCCAGUACUCAUAUAGAGCCAGAUAGUCCUGGGAAUGGAGAGAUACAAAGAAAUAAUGGUGUUCCUGCGAACGAAGAGAGACAAAGAAGCAAUGGUGUUCCUGGAAUGUCAGCAGAAUAUAAAGCGGCUAUCAGGAUUCAAACUGCUUUUCGAACAUAUAUGGCAAGAAAAUCACUGCGACGGCUGAAAGGGGCAGUAAGAUUUAAUGUAUUGGUUCAAGGCAAUGAUACUCAAAAACAAGCCUCAAGCACAUUGAGUCAUAUACAUUCAUGGAGCUAUAUACAAGCUCAGAUUAAGGCUCGCCGGCACCAUAUGGUCACGGACGGCCGGAUUAAGCAGAAGAAGCUAGAAAAUCAGUUAAAACUUGAGGCCAAGCUACAAGAGUUGGAGGUGGAGUGGAAUGGCGGCUCUGAUACCAUGGAAGAAAUCCUUUGUAGGAUCCAACAGAGAGAAGAAGCAGCAGUAAAGCGUGAACGAGCAAUGGCGUAUGCCUUUUCUCAUCAGUGGAGAGCAAAUCCUACCCAGUAUCUAGGCCAGGCUUAUUACAGUAUUGGCAAGGAAAAUUGGGGCUGGAGCUGGAAGGAGCGCUGGAUUGCUGCUCGCCCAUGGGAGAUUCGGGUUCACGCUCAGCCUAGUUACCCAAAGAAAGGCCACAGUACGCAAGCGAGCAAAUCAGAGAUGAAAGUAACAAUCCGCCCUUAGCCUACUUCAUCAAAUGGGAAGGAAGGUGCUAAAACCAAAAAAUCCUCCGACGGAAUGAUCAUCAAGCUGUUAACGAAGCUACUGUUGCAGCAGCAACGAUUCCGAGUGCACAGUUUAUAGGUUACCAAAUACGAACAUUCUCAUAAGACUUUUAUAUCUUGUGUUCUGCUUUUGUCCAUUUGAGACUGGUUUCAGUUUGGCGUGCAGUGUGUAAAAUAAGGCAGCAGACCUGUUACAUGGCUUGAUUUGAUUAUAAUUAUCUAUUGCAAAUCAUGUUAAAAGCAUUGCAA